AUGCCUUUAGAGAAGGCUUUGGAGGAGGGGGGUAUAAGAGAAAGGAAGGAAGUGAUGGAGAAUGGAGUCCAAUUCCCAGACCACAUCACAGGGAAACUGCUCAUUCCUAAUGACCUCAUCGGCUCCAUCAUCGGGCGUCAGGGAACCAAGAUCAAUGAGAUACGCCAGGCGUCAGGUGCUCAGAUUAAGAUUGGUAGCCAGCUGGACAGCACCAGUGAUAGAGCCGUCAUCAUCACAGGGACCCCCAUCUCUAUCAACCUGGCCCAAUACCUCAUCACCUCCUGUUUAGAGACCGCCAAAUCCACCGCCCAGUCUUCCUCCAUGUCGACCUCUGCUGACCUCACCAUGGCCUACACCCAACCCCCCUCCCCCGCCUCCUCCUCAGCCGCUGCUGCUGCCACCCUGGCUGCCAUGGGCUGCCCCGGCAUGUCCCACCACCACCCCCACGCUGCAGUCCCCAUGAUGGGCAACCCCUACGGGGCCCUCCCCCUCUCCAGCCUCCUCGGAAUGCAAUCCAUGAAAUCCCUCCAAUCCAUGCCCUACCUGGCUUUAUCCAACCCUGCCGCCAAUGCAGCCGCCGCCCAGGCCCAGGCUCAGGCCCAAGCUCAGGCCCAGAUCUAUACGGCGAAGAUUUCGUCUGCCAAUGGGAUCGGGAAGAAACCAGAGAGACAGAAGUUUGCGCCGUACUGAUGACGUCCGUCUCCAUCCCUCCAUCACUCCAUCCUUCUCUCCAGCUCUCACUUCUGUCCCUGAGACAAGAAAGAAAGGGGGAAAGAAUGGAGGGAAGGAAAUAGCAGGUUUUUUUGUUCUCCUCCAUUCUCUUUCUUCUUGCCUGAUGGUUGUAGUUGUAGUUGGACAUUUUCGAUUGAUUUUAUUUUGUAGGCUUUUUUUUGUCUCCCACCUUAUAUAGUGAACCACUAGGAGGAACGUUUGAUUGGCUCGUGUAGAUAGCUAUAUUUAUGUUGUCAGGUCUUGGAAACCUAUCAAGCCAUAGUCUGUGUCCCAAAUGGCAACCUAAUUCCUUUACGGUGCACUACUUUAGUCCAGGUUCAGGUUGAAAGUAGUGCGCUAUAUAGGGAUUAGGAUGGUAUUUGGGAUGCACACAUAGACUAUUCCUAACUUCCAUUUUUAUCUUCUUCUAACCUUCCUUUCGUUCUACUGUACUGCUGUUAUUGAUUAUUGAUUAUUGAUUUAUAAUAAUGAAAUAUUCCCACUAAGAGUUUAUAAAUUAAAACACUGGUGAGUGAUGCUCAACUGUACGUGUGUAUGAGCUUUUUAUACAGUCCAUGAUGUCUGGUUUCUUCCUGUGUUCAAGUCCUCGAUUUUUUUGAAGAACGAUGUUAAAAAAAAAAAAAAGAUUAAAAAAAAACAUUUUUAAAAAUGACUAGACCAAAAAAAAUCUAACCUCUCGUUUUGCGUUAAUUUUUUGGGUGAGUUUUCGGGUAAUAUUUUAUUUGAAAUGUGUUGUUUAAUUUAUUUUAUUUAUUAUGCCGAGUAUUACUUUUCCGAUAAAAUGUUAGAUUUUUUGGGGGGGGGGAAAUGGCAGCGAGUACUACUGCUAAGACUACGAGUUAUUCCAUCCUGUCCUGAGUUUUAACUCUAACAUGGUGACCAGACUGCUCACGACCGCCACUCUAACCUGGUGACCAGACUGCUCACGACCGCCACUCUAACCUGGUGACCAGACUGCUCGCGACCGCCACUCUAACAUGGUGACCAGACUGCUCGCGA